CUGCCGGCUCCUGAGGGGGGCUUGGUUUCACUGAGCACGUGACACGCCUUGGACAGAAGCUCGCGCUCUCCACCGCACGCGCACAUCUCUCUGCUGGUGGCUCGGAGAGAGGGGUGAACGGAGCAACUUCAGCAGCGCGCGCGUCCGUCUCGGGCUGGUGGUAGAAGCCGGUUCAGCGCUGCUUUCCUGUCAGCCUCUGUGUGACGCUUUGGUUGAAUUGUGUUUCUGUUCCUGUGGAAGGUGGAUGGAGUAGAAGCGAGCGGGGACGGACACGGAGAGCCGGACUGGAUUUCUUUUUCACACUGAACACGCACACGCGCUCUGGUCAGGGGGGCUCUCUCGGCGUUGUAUGAAUGGACCGCUGUGAGGCUCUGCUGGAGAGUAUCGCUGUAAAACGCAGAGGCUGCUGCUGCUGCGCGCCGGCACGGUUUUCCGAAGUGCCCUUGGCUGAGUGCGACCGAGCGCUGCGCCCGAAUCGCCUUCACAAACUACCUGAGUGCUGAACUUGUUGCUGCAGCCUCUGCAGCGAGCGCGGGGGAACAUUUAGGGCACUUUUUUUUUUUUGCUUUUUACUUUCAGUCUGCAUAGUUUCAACGCUCGAGAGAGGACCGCGAUUCAUGCCAGCUGCUUUGGGCUUUUUACUUUCAGAGCACGAGUGGAUUUGUGUGGAGAUGUCCCUUGCCUUCGUGGCGGACCUGUGAGUGCAGCCCGGAGUGAGCCUUGAGUCUGCCUGAGCCAGACCACCUUGCACCCACCAGCUCACCAUGGCGGCCGGAGUCGCAGCAUGGCUGCCCUUUGCGCGCGCUGCGGCCAUAGGCUGGAUGCCCGUGGCCAGCGCGCCCAUGCCCCCUCCUCCACGUGACAAGAGGCACACCCGGGACGAGCUGAUCAUCCUGAACGUGAGUGGCACCCGGUUCCAGACAUGGCGCAACACACUAGAGAGGUACCCGGACACCCUGCUGGGCAGCACAGAGCGCGACUUCUUCUACCAUGAGGAGACCAACGAGUACUUCUUUGACCGUGACCCGGAUAUCUUCCGGCACAUCCUCAACUUCUACCGCACGGGCAAGUUACACUACCCGCGCCACGAGUGCAUCUCGGCAUAUGACGAGGAGCUGGCGUUUUUCGGCAUCAUCCCUGAGAUCAUUGGCGACUGCUGCUACGAAGAGUACAAGGACCGGCGCCGGGAGAACGCCGAGCGCAUCCAGGAUGACGAGGAUACCGAGAACGGCAACGAUGUGACGCAGUUGGACUUGACCAUCCGCCAGUCCAUGUGGCGCGCCUUUGAGAACCCGCACACCAGCACCAUGGCCCUGGUCUUCUACUAUGUCACGGGGUUCUUCAUUGCCGUAUCCGUGAUGGCCAAUGUGGUGGAGACGGUGCCAUGUGGCACAGGGAGCAGGGCCAGGGAAAUGUCAUGUGGCGAGCGGUAUGCGCUAGCCUUCUUCUGUCUGGACACGGCGUGCGUCAUGAUCUUCACCGUGGAGUACCUGCUGCGCCUGAUCGCCGCGCCCAGCCGCUACAAGUUUGUGAAGAGUGUGAUGAGCAUCAUCGACGUGGUGGCCAUCAUGCCGUACUACAUCGGCCUGGUCAUGACAGACAACGAAGAUGUGAGCGGCGCCUUUGUCACCCUCCGGGUGUUCCGCGUCUUCCGCAUCUUCAAGUUCUCACGCCACUCGGCGGGUCUGCGAAUCCUGGGCUACACGCUGAAGAGCUGCGCCUCCGAGCUGGGCUUUCUCCUCUUCUCCCUCACCAUGGCCAUCAUCAUCUUUGCCACCGUCAUGUUCUACGCUGAGAAGGGCUCCAACUCCAGCAAGUUCACCAGCAUCCCUGCUGCCUUCUGGUACACCAUCGUCACCAUGACAACACUGGGCUAUGGGGACAUGGUUCCGAAGACGAUCGUGGGGAAGAUUUUUGGCUCCAUUUGUUCACUUAGUGGAGUGUUGGUGAUCGCGCUGCCUGUGCCCGUCAUCGUGUCCAAUUUCAGCCGUAUCUACCACCAGAGCCAGCGGGCCGAGAAACGUCGUGCACAAAAGAAAACCAGGCUUGCUAGAAUUCGUGCGGCGAAGAGCGGGGGUGCUAAUGCUUAUUUGCAGUACAAACGCAAUGGGCUGCUGGCCGACGCCGAGGAGGAGGCAUCGAAGGAGGCAGGGAAGGCGCUGGUUUGUAAGGUGAACCCCACAUUCGAGACCCAACAUCAUCAUCUCUUACACUGCCUGGAAAAAACAACGAACCACGAGUUCGUGGACGAGCAGACCUACGAGACAAGUUGUAUGGAGGUGUCGAUGGUGAAGCCGUCCACCUCUCGGUCCUCCUCCGUCUCCUCCUCUCCUCACGGCCUCACAUCCUGCUGCUCGCGCCGAAACAAGCGCAAGAGCUUCAACGUCCCCAACUCCAACAUGACCGCUGGCCGCCGCGGCAGCGUGCAGGAGCUCAGCACCAUCCAGAUCAGAGAGAGGCCACUCAGCAACAGUCGCUCCAGUCUGAACGCCAAGUUUGAGGAGACUGUGCCGCUGAACUCGGAGCAGCAGCCCUACAUCACGGCGGCCAUCAUCAGCAUGCCCACUCCGCCCGUGACCACACCCGAGGGCGGAGACUCGGCCAGCUCGCCUGACUUCUUGCAAAGUAACAUCGUUCGAGUGUCAGCACUAUAGACCUUGUUUAUCCCCUUUUUUAUUCGGCGGACGGACGCUGGCCAGGGAGGGGAUUGGCGGGAAGCCCUCCCCCGCAACGCAGAGGGAGGCCACGGCUUUGACCCUUUAUUUCAACUCCUGCCCACAGCCCUGCUUUCUCUGCACUGGGGCAUCAGCUCUGCCUCUGGAACAGGCCGCAAAGGCCGCCGACGUAAGCCCACCAGGCUUCUACUCACAGAAGGGGACUCAAAUGAAAAAAAAAAUGACCAUGAUUAUCACGCUUGUUACAAAUUGCUAUGGUUUUUAGAGUAUUGUGUGUCUUCACAUUUGUUGUCUUAAGCUUGGUGGUGGAGAGAGCGAGGUGAGCAUUUUUUGGGGGCUGUAGCUUGGUGUCGGGUGUGCAUUUGGGUGUUUUUUUGUUUGGGGGGGUCCUAGUUUCUAGGCUAUUAUCAUGCUUUUAGAGAGGUUUGCUCCAACAGAGCUACUUUUGAUACUACGAGUAAAGCUGAGGUCUUUCAGUUCGAGAGGGAUUCCGAGUGUGUGAGUGUGCGUGCACCUAUGUGGAUGUGAGAGUGUGUGUUUAAGACUAACCUUCUGCAUGUUUUGCAUUCGUGAGUCUGUGUCUCCUUUCGAGUUUUGGCAUGAGCAAUAAGGGUUUGUUCUUUUCCGGCAGCGUGUGUGCUCGUAUUUUAUUUGUUAACACCAUGCCUGGUUAAACCUCAUUAAUCAGCAGUCCUUUCCUCUUUAUUCCACCCACACUGCUCUGAAAGUACAGUUAUUGAACACAUUAAAAGUAGGUUUUGUGAACAGGAAAAGCUCUCUCUCUCUUUCUAUCUCUCUCUCUUUUUCAUUCUGCCUCUCUCAGUUUAGUUCUAUCUUGAGACCUGGCCUAAUAGCGUUAAAUGGAUCAUUGAUAAUAUAGUUCAAACAGCAGGACCAGGCGGUGUGGCCUUCCAUACAAAAUCAGUGGACAAUGAAGCCGCUGCUUCUUUGAGAAUGUUGCCAGUUUCCUUCGAGGAAAUAUGUCAGUCAUUCCAUUUUUAUUGUCAAACGUUUUGAAUAUACUGUGAAAGAUUUAUUUUUUUCAAUGUGCAAAACAUGCAUGAUGUUCUAAUGACCACUGGGUUAUGGACCAGCCAGGCCACCAUACCCUUAUGUGCUUUUAGUUUGUGUCUUUUCUUAGUGUACCACUAUGAUACCUUGGAUCCGAUGGAGAUUAAAGAGGCACUCUGGCCAAAAACAACUUUUUUAAACAUGCCUACUGACCUCCUACAGCAGUGCUUAAAGACUAGGAAAAACACCUUCUGAUGAUGUAUCUUGAAGGUGAGGCUACUGCAAAAGGGAGCCAAAUAUAAAAAGGGGGCCAGAUAUCACUUCUGUACUUAGUAGCCUCUACAUCAGUGGCUUGCAUUCAGAAUGUCUAGCACCAUGGGUGGGGGUUGCCUAAUGAUUGUAGAGCAUAUUUGCGCAGUGCAUGUUGGGUAUUGUAGUAAGAGAACAGUGAUGGAUGAAAACCUUAAUAAUAUCCCAUAAUAUGACAAAUAACAUAUUAAGUGCUGGUUUUAGGCUGGACUGGCCCUUUAAGUAGAGCUCAGGCACGAGGACAGACCGUUAGACGUGUUGUGACCUAAUUGGCUCAAUAAUAGGAUCAACACGUCGUGGGUUUAUCACUAUAUGGUGGAUUAUUUUAUCAGCGCUGCAGCCCCCGCUCCUACUCACUGCCGAAUAUCAAAGCAAAUGUAUUCACAAAGCCCCCUCUGAGUCAGAGAGAUGAAUUAGUCAUAUCUCUCUAUCCUUUCUCUCUCCGCUCGCUCUCUCUGUCUUGAAUUAGCGAGAAAUUAGCAUAUAAUAUCAAAGGAUAAUUUUUUUAUGUCGUUUUCACUUAUGUCAGGAUGAUUUAAUGUGCGGAGAAGGCUUGAAUAUGGCCUGAUGUACACACACACACACACACACACAAACACGCUCCCACCACUGCCCGCCUUCUGCUCAAACCCCUCCCCCAUUGCUUGACCAUGUGACUUAUGCAACAAGGUUCUUUUUGUAAAGAUACGCUUUGUAUUAAAGGGGAUAUUCGGGGGGAAUAGAAUCACACAUAUUUUUCAAAAUCAAACGGUGUUGAUUAUAUAUUAUAAAUGUUAUUUCGGUUGUACAAAAGAGAAAAAAGAGGAAAAAAAGGGGAAAAAAACUCUGAGAGAGACUGUUGCUAGUGCACCUGUGUUGUAAAUUUGUUCUUUGGUGUAGUAAAUAUUUAUCUGAGUUUUAUCGUCACCAUCACGGACGGCCGGCCCUGCGUCCCGCUCUUGAGUCCUGGCGCUCCAGGAAUGACAAACUGUACCUUUGUUUUUUUUUUCUCUUUUCUUUUUUUUUUCUGUUCCAAAGUGGAGGACGAAUGUGAUUGCAUGUGAUGGCGGAGGCCUUUCGCAGACGGGUCAAGGAAACGACCGCCAUGUCCGUCUCGGACUCAUGGGAGGCCUUCUGACUCAGAGUGGGGAAAACCCACUUCCUGUUUGUGAGAUGACGCGAAUUCGGGAAAUGAGCAGGAGGACGGCGCAGAGUUCAUCUGAAUUUGUUACGGCUUGUGUUAUAGACAUUACAAUAUAUGACUCAUCGAAAAGCUAUGAAAAAAAUGACAAUUCAAUUGUUUAGUCCGGUGCAGUGUCUAUGAAUAAAUAGAAUAAAUCAUUGUCCCAGUAAAAAAUACGGAUAAAACAUG